UUUGUCGAACUUCGCGGUGUGCAAAGAUUGAUGGAGGUAGCCAGUGAAAUGGAGGAAUACAAUUCUGAAUCUUUGCUAGACAUCACGUCUUCCACGCGAACUAUAACCAGUGUGUGCUUAGCAAUGAUAUAUAAAAACGUGUAUAAGAACUGUGAUGAUGAGAAAACAUAUAUUAACGCCGUUGAUGAAUUUAUUGAAGAUAAAUUGCAUUCGCCUGACAUACAGUCUAAAGUGCGUGUUGUAGUUGCGAUAACAACCUUAUUAUUCGGUCCGUCAGAUGUUGGAAACGCAGUUGUGGUUAAAGAAGGGAUUUUAGAGAUGAUCCUCGUUAUGGCGGGAACGGAUGAUGUAUUGCAGCAGAAAGUGGCUCUCGAAUGUAUUGUUGCCGCUGUGACCAAAAAAGAAAAGGUCAACGCGAUCAUAAAUAAAGGUGUUAAUAUAUUGAAAAAGCUGUGUCAAUCCAAGGAUGAUUCAAUUCGGGUUCGAGCGUUAUUGGGUUUAAGUAAGUUAGGUAGUUCCGGAGACCCAGACGCGACUAUCGGACCGUUCGCGGAUGGAGUGACCAAGGAAUUGGCCGAGGCUUGCAGACGAUUGUUGAUUAAUCCAAAGAAAGAAAAAGAUAUGAGAAAGUUGGCCAUAAAAGGUCUGUCGUAUCUCACUUUCAACGCCGAAGUCAAAGUGGAGUUGAUCGAGGAUCAAGAAGCCAUUCAUACGAUAAUCGAGAUCGCCAAGACUGGUGAUCAAUCGGUUCUCUUCGGCGUGCUUACGACGUUAGUGAACUUAUGCAACGCUUAUGACAAGCAAGAACACAUACCCGAGAUGAUAGAAUUUACAAAGUUUGUCAAAUAUUAUUUUCACAAGAAACCGGAACUGGAUGACAACUUAGAAGACAGAUUGUGCGCGUUAGCGAAGGCCGGUGUGAUCAUUGCUAUGGUGAGCCUCACCAGUUUCUUGAAGAUCUUGCCCGUUUUAGAGAACCUGGCCAAAACGAACCAGAACUGCAAAGAAUUGAUAGCCCGCGUUAUCAACGCGAUAUGCGGUCAACUGGAAUUGAGAAAAAUAGUUGUUGAUGACGGCGGCACGGAGGCAUUGUUGUCAUUAGCGCUGGAUGGCACAGUCAAGGGAAAGAAGCUUGCUUCGCGAGCCCUGGCCCAUUUGGGACUCACGAUACGUCCUGAGGUUGCAUUUCCUGGUCAUCUAAUCACGGAGGUUGUUGAACCGAUCGUAGAUCUUCUGAACCCGCAGUGUUCUGUUAAUGAGAAUUGCCAGACUUUAACAGCUUUGUGCAAUCUAGCUGAAGUCAACGACAGCAUGCGAGAACAUAUAUUCAAAGAAGUAUUUGAAAAGAUCGAGAUUUAUCUGAUUUUUCGAGGCGAGGAUGAUAGUUUGAAAUUGGCGUCUGCAAAUCUUAUAAACCUGUUGUUUUUAAGCCGUGAAGUCGCUGUCCAGUAUCUCGAGCGGGAUAAUUUUCGAGUUGAGUAUCUUAUGUUAUUGUACAAGGACGAGAAUCAAGAUAUUAAGUUUGCAGCAGCUGCAGCUCUAGUGAAGCUGACACUGGCCAACAAAGAGGCUUGCAAGAAAGUUUUCGACUCGAAUUUCUGGUUGGAAUUCCUACGCUCUUUACUCACCAAUCCAAGCAGUAACGUACAAGAAAUGGGUAUUAUAUUUGUGCUAAGUAUGAUAAGAAACAUGGAAGACUUUGCUGCAAAACUCAUCGAAACAGACAUAAUAGAAUUACUGAAGUCACUGAGCGAGAAUGAUACCGUCCAAAACAAGAAUAUCGAGGAAUUGACUUUCAUUGCUUUAGAGGCUGUUGCGGAACGAUCUAAUAUAGAAGCAUUUAUUGUCAUGAUAAGAUGGGAACGUGAUGUAGCAUGUCGAUUAGGACAAUUAGACCUUCUAAAUCAUUUGGAAAAGAAGUUAUGGGUAUAUGAACGUACUAAAAAUGUACCCUUAAACAUAUACUUAGAAUUCGGAAAGAUACUAACAGGACGAUGAUAUUUUUGUUGAAAAAAGACAAAAUAUUUGAGAUCUAAAUGUCGUUUAUAUUCCUUACAUUUUAAAUAAAGUGCUUUAAAUAAUAAAAA